AUGCCUAACACGGUCUAUCUAUCUAUCUAUCUAUCUAUCUAUCUAUCUAUCUAUCUAUCUAUCUCAAUAUAUUUUUCAUUUCCAGUUCCUCUUUUGACUCCAUUACGUUCUUCUUACUCUUCUCAUUUUUCUCAUUUCUCUUCCUUUUCCAGCGUUUUAGUCUGUUUUUUAUCUGUUCAUCCCUAUUUCUAUUUUUCCUUAAGCCUAUUUUUCUUCUUAUUCCCUAUUUUUCUCUUUCUUCUUCUAAUUUCUAUUCUUCUCCUCCUAUUCUUAUCUUUUCUUUUCUCUCGCUUUCAUUUCUUCGCACUCAAGGUGUUUCUCUUCUUCCUUUUCGUGAACAUCAAGUUUUUUUCCGUCUCUCUUCUUUCUAAUAGUUCUCCUUAUCUCAUUCCUUCUUAUUUAUUUUUCUCUCUUUUCUUUUUACUCCUCCUCUGUUUUUCUUUUAUUUUUCGGUUCUUUUUACACAUCUCUCACUUUCUUAAAUUUUAUCUUUUUCUUACAUUUUCUCCUCUUCCUGUUUUACUAUUUUAUCUCUCUCCUUCUCUUCCUUGCAUCUUCUCUCCCUUAGUUUUUCUCUAUUCGUAUUAUCCUCUAUCUUUCACUAUUUCUCCUUGUUCUCUUUUAUUUUACAAAUUCAUCUUUUCCUCUUUUUUUAUAUCUCUCUUUAUACAUACCACUUUUUAUUACAUUUUCUAUUUAUGUUCUUUCUUAUUUUUCUCUCUUUCUUCUACCUGUAAUUCGUUCACUUUUCCCCCCCUCCUCAAUUCGUCGUUCUUCUUUUUUAUCUCUUAUUUUCCAGAUUAUCCCUUAUCGUCUGUCUUUUUCUCGUUUUUCACAAAUGUUAAGAAAUAA